UUACUGAGAUAUAUCCAUUUAUGAAACUAUUUGAUCGAGAUGCAUAACUCAUUAACUAGACCAAAGGGAGAUACAUAAUUAAAAUUAUGUAUUCGAAAAUUUAUGGGUUUGUGGAUGUAUCCGACAGUUUUUAAAAAGAAAAAAUUAGGUAAUUAAUAAAAAUAAUAUGAUUUUAUGUAGUUUAAUAAAGAUAAAUUGUAGUGUUAGGUAAUUUUUUCAUAGGAUAUUUGGUUAUAGUUAAUACAUAGGGAUUUUUGUUUUUUCAUUGUUGUAUUUCAUUAGUAAUAUAUUUACUUGUUAAAGUUAGAUUUUUGGAUCUCAUUAUAUUCAUCUCAGAGUCUGUGAAUGGUUUGAUUCGUUGUCAAAUUUCAAAAAAAUUAUCCUGCAAUUUAUACUAUCCUAAUUAUAAUUAGUUGUUCAUUAUUAUCUCUCUAGACUUGAUGUAAUUUAGUAAGAACAUUAAAAUAUUUCCUAUUAUGGUUAAAUUUUUCAGAUUAUUUAUAUUUCUUCUAAUUAUACUCAGAUUUUCUAACUCCAACUUGGUAACCCUCAUGCUUAUAUUAAAAUAUUUUCAUAUUUAGCUUUAACUUUUAUAUUUCAAUGAUGUGGUUGACACUCAAAACAUAUUUAAAGUAUAAAAUUGAUUUCAUUUCCUAAUUUUUUUCAAUGAGUAAAAUAUUACUUUUAUUUAUAAUAUUUGGCUAGAAAUUGAAUUAUUUACCAAUCUGAUGUAAUUCUAGGUGUAUAUAAAUAGUUGUAAUAUUGUCUUCCUCGUAAGUAUCAUUUGCUGAAAAAUAUUUCAUCAAUUAUCUUUUAAUCAAUCUCCUUAUCAAUUUAGCCAUGGUGAAUAAGAAGUCUAAGGGGCGUCAAAAGAUACCAAUGAAAAAAAUAGAAAAGAAGAAAGAUCGGUUUGCUUCAUUUUCAAAGCGUCGUGCAGGUUUAUACAAAAAGGCUAGCGAACUUGUUGCAGAAUUCGAUGUUGACAUUGGAAUCAUAAUGUUUUCCCCUGGUGGUAAGCCUCAUUCAUUUUUUCACCCUACAGUUGAUGCAAUCGUUUCUCGUUUUCAGAAUCCUGAUGUGCAGCUAAGUGAGAGUACUCACCUAGUUGCGGCCUAUGCUCGAAAAACAGUGAAUCAACUCGAAAGCAGGCUUGAAGAAUUUGAUAUCAGAGAAAAAGCUGCAAUUACUCUAACAAAUCAGCUUGAUCAAAUGGCAAAAUCUAGACAAAAAGGUUGGUGGGAGUCAAUUGAGCAACUCAAUGCAGAUGAAGUGGCCAAGUUUGAAGCUUGGUUAAAUGCUACUACUUUUAAUAUGCACCAUCGUUUAAACCAAUUGGAAAAUGAAGCUACAAUCUCGUUGGGAUGUGAAUCUUUUGGAGUGUAAAGUUUGACCAAAAUUUAAAAUAGGUGAUGAACCGUCCUAGAGUAUCACUUAUAGAAAGAUUGGUGAAACACUAGAAAGUUCAACUUUAUAUUGUUGAGGUGUUGAUUUAUUGUUCUUUUUCGUUUUAUUUCAAUAAUGCUACAAUCAUCUUUUCUGCUAUGAUUUUCUUGAAUAAUACUCCCACCGACUCAUUUUACCCGCCUCAAA